AUGUUCCUCAAAAACCUGUACCUAUCGGCGGUGCUCGUGGUUUGUGUGGCCGGUGCACGUCUGAAGCACCAGGUGGCGUACGAGACGGCCGUUGAGCACGAACCGAAGCUCCAUCAUCAGUUCGAGGAGGUCGAUGCGGGCAAGGAGCUGGCGUACGAUGAAGGAACCCCACAGAAAGGCGAUUCCGGUGCCGAGGAUCACUACGCGUAUCCCAAGUAUCAAUUCGAGUACGGUGUCAAGGAUCCGCUCACCGGUGAUCACAAGAGUCAGUGGGAGAUGCGCGAUGGUGAUAUUGUCAAGGGAGCGUACACGCUGGAUGAGGCCGACGGUACGCAGCGCAUCGUAGAGUACCGGGCCGACGAUGUCAACGGAUUCCAGGCGAUCGUAAAGCGGAUCGUAAAAUCGGAACCGGCGCACGAAACGCUCCAGAAGCUCGGAACCCAGGAGCCAUCGGCCAUGGUUGGGCAGAGCUACAGCAAGCUGAAGAAGUUUAGCUAA